UAAAUACAGUCAACUAUCGUUAUCUCGACAUCGCUUUUCUCGAUAUUUCGUUAUCUCGAUCAAAUUCUGAAAGUCCUGUUUUUUCCCCUUCUUUAUCUAUAUUGAAUAUAUUUCUUUAUCUCGAUAUUUUUAUUUCGAUUUUUUCAGUAUCUCGAUGUGAUAUUUCAGUCCCAAUAGUUAUUUUCACACUAUAAUCCUUUGUUUAUCUCGACAAAUAAUUGUUCGUCUGCGCCCUCUCGCAGAGGUGUGAAAAACACAAAGCGGACGGUUAUCACUCAAAGCGCGUGUCAUAAUAAUUAAUGAUGAUAUGUUUGUAACAAGUCAAGGUGUUUUGAAAGUAUUGUUUAUCUAAUUAGCGUGUUGAUUGACUUAUGUCGAAAAUGAGUGAAUUUUCCGUUAUGUAUAAAACAUACGAACACUGUAUUUAAUUCAUUAUUACUGUAAAAGUCCAAGAAAUACGAUACGAAAUAUAAAUACGUUAUAUAAACACAUUGGGAAAAUGUCGGAGGCAGAUGAUAAUAUAAAGUUGUCUGAGAAUCUAACACCAGGUGAACGAUCUAGAGAAGGGCCCGGUAACCAACCCGGGAGGAUAUCUGGAUCAAUCACAGCUGAGAAAUCUGGAGAAGGACCUGGUAACCAAUCCGGGGGGAUAUCCAGACUCUCAGCAACUGGUGGUAAGGGUACCAAACGAAAAUUGAAUACCAAGUCAUACAGCGAGAAAUACAAGGCAAUUAUAGAAGUUGAGGAAGGGAAAAAGAGCAGAAAGCAAAUAGCCGCAGAAUAUGGUGUUCCGCAAAAUACGUUAUUGACCUGGCUGAAAAACAAGGACAGUAUCAAGUCAAAGUAUGUAUCGGUAGACAUUGAGCCUGAUAGAAAAAAGUCACGUACAGCGAAAUUUCCAGAAGUAGAUGAAGCGAUGUUGAAAUGGUUUGAAAAUGCUAGAUCACAAAACAUAUCUGUUGAAGGUCCUGUACUUCAGAUGAAAGGGCGAGAGUUUGCCGAACAACUUGGCAUCCCUAGUUCUGACUUUGAGUGUUCUAGUGGCUGGGUUGAACGAUUUAAAAAUCGCUAUGGCCUUGUUUCCAAAAAAGUCAGCGGUGAGUCAAACUCUGUUGACAAAACAGGUGAAGAGUUUGAAAACUGGCAAUCCAGACUCCCGUCCAUUUUGGAAAAAUAUCGGCCUGAUGACGUAUUCAAUGCAGAUGAAACUGCUAUUUUCUAUCGUGCUAUGCCUGAUAAGACGCUCGAGUUUAAGACAAAAGCUUGCCAUGGUGGAAAAGUGAAUAAAGAAAGGUUAACAGCUAUGGUUUGUGCAAACAUGAGUGGCACUGAAAAAUUGCCAUUGCUUGUUCUAGGAAAGUCAGAAAAACCUAGAUGCUUCAAAAAUGUUCGCACCCUUCCCACUCAGUAUAAAGCAAAUUAGAAAGCUUGGAUGACUGCAAAAUUCUUUAAGACAUGGGUCAGAGAGGUAGACGAGAAAAUGCACAAGCAAGGGCGUAAAAUAGCCCUAGUUAUUGACAACUGCUCGGCACAUCCCAAAAAGAUAAAAAAUCUGCAUGCUACAGAGCUUGUCUUUCUU